AUGGAGACACAGGUUCAAACCGCAACUCUUCCACACGACCCUUGGGCUGCCACCCAUCAGGUCAUUCUUCAGCCAACCACCAUGGAUCCUAAACAGCGGUUUUACCACCAUUUCCAGGAGAGCGUCACAGUUCUUCAAGACCUCGUCGAUGAGCUACCGUCCAUUGCUACCGUCGGUGGUGAGCGCCAGGAGGCCAUUGAUCAUAUUCUAGCUAGCAUUGCAAAGCUACAAAACGAAGUAUCAGACGCAGCCGACUACACUCCAUCUUAUGAUCGAAAACAGUAUUCCGAGACCAUCAAGACUCUACAAGACAAGCUAAACGAAACUCUGACCAAGAUCACACCCAAAUCGAAAUUCCAGUUCCGUCGCUCAAAGACUGAUCAUGUUGAUAUGGGCGCCCCCGAGAACGAUCCUCGUCUCAGUCCAGGAAGUCAUUCUCGCGCAAAGCAUGACACAGCCAUUGCCUCCAACUUAAUUAGCCCUCCACCGCCGACUCAGGAGGAUACCCUCAGCGAGUUGCCAUCCAAGGACAACUACAAGAACUACAACGAAGAGAUGGCUCGGCCCAGCGCCUCUUCCGUCCGCAAGCCCAGCUUCUCGGCCGCUAAGAACAUUGGCAUCUCGAACCACUCUGGCCUACACAUCAUCUUGCCGUCAUCGGCAUCACGAGCCACCUCUUCAGGUAGUCUUACUGAUCUCAAGAGCUGCAUUAUCGACAUGUCGAUCCCAACUGCCUCUGGUGCAGCAUUUCCUGGUCUUGCUAUCAAGAACGUGACUAAGAGCCUCAUCGUUGCGGGUCGUGUCAACGGUCCUGUCCACAUCACAGGAGUUUCCGACAGUACCAUAGUGGUUGUGGCAAGACAAGUUCGAAUCCAUGAGUGCAGCAAUGUCGAUAUCUACCUCCACUGCGGAAGUCAUCCUAUCAUUGAGGAUUGCUCUGGUAUGCGGUUUGCCCCGUUGCCCGAAGUAUACAGAACCGAGGCUGAAGAGCCGGAGGAGAACCAAUGGGAUCAAGUAGAUGACUUCAAGUGGCUCAAGGCUGGCCACAGCCCCAACUGGACUACUCUAUCAGAGAAUGAGAGGCUCAGUGAUGAGCUCUGGAGAGAUGUUGUUCCAGGUAGGGCGGGCGUAAGUGUUGACGAGGCUUUGAAGAAGCUAAGCAUCCCACGGAGGUAA